ACUAUUUACUCUUUUAUUCAAAAUAGCUUACUGUCCAAGUAGGUGCAUGAAUGGGGGACGAUGUGUCGCAGUACUGGGUAGCCGCAUGUGUAACUGCCCUUAUGGAUUUAAAGGCCGAACGUGUCAACAUGCUGUCUGCAAAACCCCGUGCCUUCACAAUGGACACUGUGUGAAACCUGAUACAUGUUCAUGCGCACCUGGAUGGACUGGCAGUCACUGCCAACUUGCUGUGUGUGUCGAGAAGUGCAGGAAUGAUGGGAAGUGUGUACAGCCAAACACAUGCACAUGUAAAACUGGAUACAGCGGGCAGCAGUGUGAAAUCGAGAUCGGACAGGAAGAGGAAAUAAAAAGAAAGAAACUGUACAAUUUGUAUGCAAAAUGGCAAGCCUUAUACAUGUAAACGAACACUCAUUAAAAAUUACUAUAUAAAUCCUUUUUCUUUUUUAAAAAAAAGACAAAUUUAACUUAAUUAAAUUAUAAUACAAAUGUUAUAUUUAUUUAUAAUUUAGAUGGCUUUGCAAUAAUAUAUACAAUUAACAGUGUACAGUAGUUUGAAAGGACUGCGUCAAGUAUGAUAAGUUAGAAAAUACCUAUAAGCGGUAGGCCUAUUACGAAUAUCAUGAUAUAAUCUUUGAAAGUAUUAUGCCUAAAUCCAUUUACCCGAGAAAAUAAAGAUAUACAAACUAGAUGAUUUGCUCUAAAAGACAAAUAAAGGCUGACGCAUCACUUGAGAAACUAUAUGGUCCCUUGCCUAACGUGAUAUAUUUUUGAAUGAUGAAGACAAAUUUAACUUCCUUAAAUUAUAAUACAAAUGUUAUAUUUAUUUAUAAUUUGGAUGGCUUUGCAAUAAUAUACCGGUAUACAAUUAACAGUGUACAGUAGUUUGAAAGGCCUGUACUUGUAUAAGUUAGAAAAUACCUAUAAGCGGUAGGCCUAUUACGAAUAUCAUGAUAUAAUCUUUGAAAGUAUUAUGCCUAAAUCCAUUCACCAGAGAAAAUAAAGAUAUACAAACUAGAUGAUUUGCUCUUAAAAGACUAAUAAAGGCUGACGCAUCACUUGAGAAACUA